AUGGAGUCGGGCUCUUCGUCGGAUCUGGACUCUGUCAAAUCGUCUUCGUUGUCUUCGCCUUCACGUAUCCACACUAGUGCACCCUCGUCACCACCAACCUCUGAAGAGUCCGAUCACGCCAAAAUGACCGCCAACUCCCAUUUUCAGGAACAGCGUCUUCAAGCGGAGGAGAAGAGGGCCCGAGCAGAGAACACCCGCGAUGAGGCAAAGCGACUGGCAAAGGCCCGCCGAAAGCGGAAGGGAGCCGACUUGAGCCCGCAGGAGCGGGCGGCCAAGGCAAAGGAGCUAGAUGAGCUGCUUCGCAAGAGCUCCAUCUUCAGCGACAUCCUCACUAAGAAGACCAAGGCGCUGGGUCGUGUUGGCCGUGAUUUCGACAACCAGGCACUCGUAGAUGCCGGGCUUGAAUUGAAGAAGCAGCCAAAGAACAUGACCGGCGGGACUAUGCGAGAUUACCAACUUGAAGGUCUGACAUGGAUGUAUGAGAUCGUCUUGCAGGGUCUCAGCGGCAUCUUGGCAGAUGAGAUGGGUCUUGGCAAGACAAUUCAAACCAUUUCCCUCAUAGCCUUACUUCGGGAACAGGAGGGCUUCUAUGGCCCUCACCUGAUAAUAGCUCCGCUGAGCACCUUGUCAAACUGGCAAGAUGAGUUUCAGAAAUGGACUCCUUCGAUUCCUUUUGCCCUAUAUCACGGCAAGCCUGAAGAGCGACAAGAUGUCUUCAAAACCCAGAUUAUGAAGCACUAUCAGAAAGGCAGCCCGACCUUGAAGUUUCCCGUCGUCUGUACCAGCUAUGAGAUGAUCUUGAGAGACCAUGCCGCUCUAUCCAGGAUCAACUGGGAAUUCAUUGUUGUCGAUGAAGGACACAGGAUGAAGAAUGCCGACGCCAAGCUUUUCAGGACGCUCCAGCAGUUCAAGUCUGCCACACGUAUUCUUAUCACAGGCACUCCUCUGCAGAACAAUCUCAAGGAGCUGUGGUCACUGCUCCACUUCUUAAUGCCUAAAACAUUUCUCGACUGGGAAGCCUUUGAGAUCUGGUUUGACUUCAGCGACCUUCAGGAUGAAGAGGGCACACAGCAGUUCAUUGGAGAUCAAGAAAACCAAGAAUUGGUUAAAAAAAUCCACAAAGUGCUCCAACCGCUACUGCUUCGCCGAAUCAAGGCGGAUGUUGCGCACUGGCUUCCCAAGAAGCGCGAGUACGUGCUAUAUGCGCCAAUGACCAAGGAGCAAACGGACCUUUACAACGUCAUGGGUGAUCGAAGCACCGACACGCGGGCCUAUCUGGAGCAGAAGGUUGUGGAGCGCCUUACAGGCACUACGAACUCUGCUGUUAAUUCGAGGCGCACCAGCCGGCAAACAUCUCUGGCUGGCAGUGCCACCACAUCUGAAGCUACGUCACCCGCUUCGACCGAUGCUUUCUCUAUCAUGAUGGGACCCAAGAGAGGGCGCGGCAGGCCUCCAAAGGCUGUAACAGAGGCGGCCUCGAGGACCCCUACCAGAAAUACCCCUUCCAGAGCAAGCACGAAGAGGAGGGCACCUCCAACAACAGAGACACCUCAGGCAAAGAGCAACAAAUCAAGCAGACAGUCCACACCGGCGACUAACGGUCGUGGGAGAGGUCGUCCACGGAAGAAUCCGCAGGCCUACAAAGUUACAGAUGAUUCAGACGAUGAUAAGCUCGAUGACGAGGAGUUUGAAGCGAAACUUGUGGCGGAGCUCGAAGCCGCUCAAGUGGACAGUGAUGAAGAGCCUCAGGACGAGGAGGAGGCGGAACGAGUUGCCACGCUGGAGCUUGCUAAAAUGCAAAUAGCUGAGAAAAAGCUUGGCAACCCACUGAUGCAACUGCGGCUGGUUUGUAACAGCCCCCAUAACUUUUACAGCCCCUGGGCUUUCGAUGAGAACACCCCUGUCGACGAGAGCAUUGUAAACUCUUCAGGUAAAAUGCUUCUUCUCGACCGUUUACUCCCGGCAAUGUUUGCAAGGGGCCACAAAGUCCUUAUCUUCUCUCAAUUCAAGACUCAGUUGGAUAUCUUACAUGACUACUGCGAAGGACUGCGAAAUUGGAAGGUCUGCCGGAUUGACGGUAGCGUGUCGCAGACAGACCGUCGUGAGCAAAUCAGCAGCUUCAAUGAGGAUCCAGAAUUCAAGAUCUUCUUGCUAUCCACGCGAGCGGGAGGUCAGGGAAUCAACCUCGCUAGUGCCGAUACAGUUAUUCUAUUUGAUAGUGAUUGGAAUCCUCAGCAGGACUUACAGGCUCAGGAUAGAUGCCAUCGUAUCGGUCAGAUGCGGCCCGUCGUCGUGUUUCGGUUCGCUACCAAGGGAACUGUUGAAGAAGAAUUGCUCAUGAGCGCUGACGCAAAGCGGCGCCUCGAGAAGCUGGUCAUCAAGAAAGGCGGCUUCAAGACUAUGGGCCAGAAGAUGGAGCAAGGCGAGGAUCUAGACAAAGAAACCCUCCGUGCCCUGCUCCUCAAAGACGGUGAAGUGUAUCGCCAUUCCGGUGGCGAUCGCGUUCUCAGCGAUGAAGAUAUCGAAGUCCUGUGUGACAGGAGUGAUGAAGCGUAUGCCCGAGCGGCUAGAGGUGCCGGUAACGCCGAUGGUUUCCAGGUUGUCGAUACUGCUGCAGACGGUAUCACACAGAUCAAAGGCGACUAA